CAUUCAUUCCAAUCUGGAAAAAAAAAACCAUUUCAAUGUCCGGAUUGUGGGGAAAGUUUCAGUCAAAAUUCCCACCUGGCGAAACACCAGAUGACACACACAGGAGAAAAACCGUAUCAGUGCCUGGAUUGUGGGAAACGUUUCAGCCAGAGAUCCUGCCUAGUGAAACACAAGAGGACUCACACAGGAGAGAAACCAUAUAAAUGUCCUUUUUGUGGGAAAAAUUUCAGUCUGAAUUCCUGCCUGGUGAUACACCAGAGGACACACACAGGAGAAAAACCAUAUCAGUGCCUGGACUGUGGGAAAAGUUUCAAGCAAAAUUCCCAACUGGUGGAACACCACAGGACGCAUACAGGAGAGAAACCGUAUAAUUGUAGUGAUUGUGGAAAAAGUUUUAAGCAGAGUUCUAAGCUUGUGAGACACCAGAGAACUCACACAGGAGUAAAACCAUUUCAAUGUCCAGAUUGUGGGAAAAGUUUCAGUCAGAAUUCCAACCUGAUGAUACACCAGAGAACUCACACUGGAGAAAAACCAUAUCAGUGUCUGGAUUGUGGCAAAAGUUUCAAGCAGAAUUCUAAGCUUAUGAUACACAAGAGGACUCACACAGGAGAAAAACCAUAUGAGUGUCCAGAUUGUGGGAAAAGGUUCAGUCAGAAUUCGAACUUGUUGAUGCACCGGAGGACUCACACUGGAGAGAAACCAUAUGAGUGCCCAGAUUGUGGGAAAAGUUUUAAUUGGAAUUCCGAGUUGGAAGUACACCGGAGGACUCACACUGGAGAAAAACCAUAUGAGUGCCUGGAUUGUGGGAAAAGUUUCCAGCAGAAUUCUAAGCUUGUGAUGCACCGGAGGACUCACACUGGAGAAAAACCAUAUGAGUGCCUGGAUUGUGGGAAGACUUUCCAGCAGAAUUCUAAGCUUGUCAUACACCAGAGGACUCACACAGGAGAAAAACCAUAUGAGUGUCCAGAUUGUGGGAAAGAUUUCAGUAUUAGGUCUAGCCUUAUAAAUCAUGUAAGGUUACACACAGGGGAGAAACCAUAUGAAUGUCCAGAUUGUGGGAAAGAUUUCAGUAGUAGGUCUAGCCUUAUAAAUCAUGUAAGGUUACACACAGGGGAGAAACCAUUCAAGUGCCCAGAUUGUGGGAAGUGUUUCGCACAAAAUUCCUCUCUUAUUGUACACAAGAAAUUCCACAUGAAGCAAAAUUUGAUGUGUGUAGAGGAAUCUUGAAUUUCAUUUUUGUCUUUGGAAGCCCAGUUGAGAAAUUAACCAUUUAAUUUCUUGUCUUAUUCUUUUUAGUCAAAACAUGUCUUGGUAUCAGACAUGAGGGAGGAGAUCUGAGCUUCCUUUCUCUGGAGUUGUGUGGUUGUUCCUCUUCAUAACAUCAAGGGGAAUUGCCAUGCUGGGCCAGAGAAAAGGCGCUUAGAUCUCUAUUAGGUAUAUUUGCCACCUUGAGUUAUUUCUACAUCUAAU